AGGCUAAUACCUCCAUGGGCGUAAUUCACUUUGGAGGAGCAGACCAAGAGACAGCAGAAUCAAAAUGAAGACAGUUUUUGUUCUUGUUUUGACCCUUCUAAUAAUUUCUGUAGAUGCUUCACUGAUACUACCAGAAAAACAAGCCAAACAGCUUUUGAGAACCCGACGUGAAGAUAGACCAAGAAAAGCUGGUUUCCCUGAUGAACCAAUGAGGGAAUAUUUGCUUUACCUCCAAUAACUGGAACAAAGAGCUGAAGAACAAUUUCUGGAGCAUUGGUUGAAUCCACACUGCUAUCCACACUGCAACCGGGAUUUAGUUUAUCCUGUCUAAAGACUGACUUCCUUUCUCCUCUGACAGUCAUCCUUCUAUGUGCAGAAAAAGGGGAACAACCUACAUGAAAAGAAACAAGAAAGAUUUCCAUGCAACUAAAGCAUCAAAGGCUUCGGAAGAAUGGAUACUAUCCUGCAAUCUUAGCAAUUUAUCUGAGCUUUCUUUGUAAGGAGUACUGAUAAGAGCUUCAUGUUUAUUAAAUAGCUUGGAAGGCAUUGCGAAAUCUUCCUUCACUUAGGUACCUACUUCGAUCUAACCCACAAUGAAAACAAUAGAGAUGUAUAGUAAAUUGUUAGUAGACAUGUAUAUUAAAUUCUUGAUCAUUUGUUUUUCAAAGCCCUUUGAAGCAUGGGUAAUUUCAGUAUAACAGUUAGA